GGCAGUCAGCGCAUGCUGCCUACCCUGUACUAUUUCACCAAGUUUAUGGGCUUGGUUUAAAAUAAUGUACCUGCGGGCCAGGUUAGGGGAGUGGCGUGUGUAAAUGUAGGGCAGGAUGUUGAGGGUGUCAGGCGUGCAAGAGCGUGUCCCAAUCGUCGUUUAAACUCAACUCGACGGUGCCACAUAUUUACCUUUUCCCAUUUAUCGACAUCAUCAUUUAAACGGGAAAGAUGAAUUCAAGUAAGGCCGGGGUGGCUUCGAGGAUCCUGGGCAAAGGUCCUGAAUACCUUCGCAAACAAAUCGACCGAGAAGUAGAAAGCAAAGGGCGCCCGAGUGCCGCGGAAAGGCUGGCUGCCAGCAAACAGCAGUACGUAAAGAGUCCGCAGCUGAUCGCCUCGGAGGAGCCGGCGCCGCUGCUCAAGUUCAGUUCGGCCUCUGCGAGCAGCAGCGACUCCUCAAACAGCAGCUCAAGUCCGAGCGCAGAUGACAAGUUGCGGAUUCCCGCACGGCAGAUCGGCGAAGGUGCGAGAAAGGAAGCCGCCGCCAUCGUACGGCCGGGCAGCUCCAAGAGGCAGCGACCGGAUUCUCUCCUGGUGCACCGGCAGAGGUGCGAGAACGUAAAAGGGUCGCGAACUGAGAACGCCAAGGGGACCUUCGUGCGACGGCUGUUUCCUGGCUCACAAAAGGACAAGAUAAGCGUGUGUCCCGGGCCAGCUGUGAAGGAAUCCGACCCAGGAAAAGUGAGCAAAACUGUGCAGAAUGAAAAGCUUGAGAUCAAGGCUAGACUGCGGGUCCCCGACGACCAUGCACAUGUUACACCCCAGGGGGCUAAGCCCAGGAAUACUGUCCUCCGAUCGCAUUCGGACAUAAGCUCCAGGUAUUCGAGAAACUUCUCCGAGUUUGAGACAUUCUUCAAGUACUGCGGACUGAACGGCGACGUUAUCGAGACCCUGGGGAAGGAAAACUUCUCUGUGCCUUCGGAUGAGCAGAGCGAUCACACCAGGAGCGGCAGCGAGUCUCCAACGGACGACGGCUUUUCGUGCAAAAGCGACGAGAGCGACGGACUCUUAGAGGAGGAACUCGCUGAAAAAAGUCGCCAAAAUACGUCCAUAGUCGAGCGCAAUGCCCGAAUCAUUAAAUGGUUGUACAGCUGCAGAAAUGCCAAUGAAUCGGGAAAAGUAUUACGAGACCUUGAGUAAAUUUUCUUUAAUGUAUUUUACUUAGAGUUAAAAACCACAGUAGGCCUAAUAUUUGCGCUUAUGGGUACUGUUUUUAUCUCAUCACCAUAUGGCAGGCGAAUUGUAAAAACAAAUCCAUUCAUCUGGGUUUACGCUGAAACACCUCCGUAGCGGAUCAUCCCGACACUUGUCCCGGAGUAAAGUGUCCAUGCAUAAGCGGCCUAAAUCACUGUAAUUUUCGUUUUACCGGCCACUCCACUGUGAAAUUAGGUAUCAGAAGGUGUUCAGCGUCAUAAUUAAAAAAAAAAAAAAAACAGUCCCCCAAGCUAACAGUUUGUAGGCCUAAAAAAUCAGCAUAAACUUUGUAAUUGGCCUGAUGCCGUACUGAUUGGCCUUGUGAUAAGUUUUGGUAUUUACUUUUGUAUUUCCGGAGUAUAGAUUAUUAAUUCCGUUUUUAAAAAAAAUAUGUAUGUAAUGCAGUCUAGCGUGAUAUUGAAACUCUACAGAAUUUUCUGUUGCGCACGCUCUUUUAACUAAAUUACAAGACAGUCUACACUCAAAAUUAAGGUUUUAAGAAAUUGUCUUUAGAAUUAUAUAUCUAAUUAAAUAAUCCAAUUAAAAGAUAUAGCAUUUAAAUUAUCAUUGCACUCCAUCAUGUUACUACAAUAUCAAACAUGAAUAAUACAUUUGCCUUCGUAGGAAAUGUUUCAUUCAUUUCAAUUGUAAACGUCUGCGGUGCAAUUCAAAAUGAAUACAAACGGGUUAACAUGAAACAUGCCCCAUGCCAGGUUUGUUAUUGACAUCACUUGGUGAAUAAAGUGUGAUUCACUACCUGCGUUUGAAAAACAAAACAAAAAAAACUAUAAUCUAUUUAUCAUACGUGAAAUUACGCCGUAUUAAAUUCAAAAAUACAUUCCUAUGGCUGGUUUGUAGAUCCGGAUUUUUUUAUCCACGCAGCCGAGUUUUGUUCCGUCCUGCCCGGCUCAGGCCUAUUUUGGCACGGAAGUGCAUGAGAUGUUGAAACACGAACGAAGUUUAAGUUACUCUGCUUGAAUAGUAAUUAGGCAUGUAUGUCGUCAUAUGCAACCCAUGGAAGUAGCGCGUGUCUGAAGAUAGCAGAAAUCCCACCUCUCCCGGAAUCUCCGGGAGUCUCUCGCCAUUCACUUCAGACUCCAGCCAGUAAUGUGAAGUGUUGCGGAAAUCUGUCCGCAUAGAAUCUAAAACGAUCUAAAGUCACUUCGCAGUUCAGCAAAGGAACAGACGAGAAAGUGGAUAUAAAGAACAACGUGUGUGAUAGGAAUCACCUUACAACUUAACGUUUGUAAGACGAGGAAGCUGGUAGUGGACAUCAGAGGAUCACGGUCUCGGGAUACCAGAGGAGUUUCUAGCUAUUGAGAACAUCAGGGGCUAAGUCAAUUAAGUUUACCUGGGGCUUGACUUUUUUUGAGGGAAGAUUGGCACCAGGGCUGAAAUACUCGGGGCUAUAGCCCUGAGUGAUCGGACCUAACAAUGCCGGAUACGUACAUGUAUAAAUACAUGGGUGUCCACCUUGUAAGCAAACUAGACUGCUCUAUGAACUGCACCGCCCUCUAUAAUUAGGGUCAGAGCUGGCAGUACUUCUACGGUGGCUCGGCUCCUUUAGAGUGUGAAAUACGAUGCUUCGGGUUUUCUGUGUCAGCCAGUAGCGCCUUGUGUGCUGUUGUGUGCCGUGGCAGCAAUGUGAGGAUGGAGGAUGCCAACAGACUAAAGCUGAUCGGGAACGCUGGGCCGGUGCUAUGGUAGGAAAGGGAAACUAUCGACACUGCUGCGGAGAGGAGGACGCUGUCCGUCUCCUGUCGAUCAUGGACUAUGCCGCUCUCGUGAUUGGGCAUAAGAGCAUUUUCAGCCGCAGACAGAUCGAUACAAAAUGCACCACUGAACGUCUGAGGAAAUCAUUCCUUCCGAUGGUCAUCAGAUUGUACAAUCGGUAAAUUAAUCAGGACAUGUGAAAUAAUAUGUACAAUAAUGCAUAUUUUUCCAGUAACUAUCUUUCUAGUGCAAUAUUUACCGUACUUAUUUGUUUUUUUAUAAUCUCUAUAUGUCAUUUUUCUUAAUUGUUAUACAGAGAUUGUUGUUUGUGGUACUGUGCACUUUUUUUGUCUGUGUAAUGUGCAGUCUCGAAUAAUUUCCUUUGGAUUAAUA